CCUGCCCGGGCAGAAUUCUACUUCCGAAGGCAACAAUUCGGUCGCAGAGGAGGAACGGCCGCAAGAACUGCAGAAUCUCAAUCUCGUGGCCCCAGCAACAUCAACAUCAAUCGCCCCCACGGUGGGUACUAAUUUCCGCCGCAAAAAUGGAAAUACUUACAGUGGCAACGACCAAAAUCAGCAAGGACGGGGCCCUGUACUAGCAGGUGCGCCAGCUCUUGCCGUUGGAACAAAAGCUGCCACUUUAUUCGCCACCAACACGCACUCGUCGCCGCUGACCUCAUUCCUAAUACACGACCAGGCCGAUUGCAG